AGACCUUUCAAACUAUUAUUGGGAGAAACAUCCUUGAUGUCACAUUGAUUGCACGAAGAUGUAUUAAAAGAACUGGCACUAGGAUGUGGAGAAGAGGAGCUGAUUCUGAUGGUUAUGUUGCGAAUUUUGUGGAAACUGAACAAAUCAUACAAGUGAAUGGAUACACCGCAUCGUUUAUUCAGAUUCGAGGUUCAAUCCCAUUAUUCUGGGAUCAGAUUGUUGACUUGACAUAUAAGCCCAAGUUUGAAAUCACAAGAAUUGCACAAGUACCUCAAGUAGUUGAACGACACUUUUUAGAUCUAAGAAAGAAAUAUGGAAAUGUUCUUGUUGUUAAUCUUGUCAACAAGCAUGGCGGUGAGGGGCUCUUAUGUGAAAAGUUUGGCAGUGCAAUGCAACAUGUCGCUAGUGAUAAUGUAAGAUAUUUGCACUUUGAUUUUCAUAAGAUGUGUGGAGAUACUGAGUUUGCAUGGCUUUCCAUUCUUUACCAUCAAAUUCAGACUUUUGUCUUCAGAAACAGGUACUUUUUGUUAAAUGAGAAGGGAGAGAAAGUUGAGGGGCAAAUUGGAGUUGUACGGACCAAUUGCAUUGACUGCUUGGACCGUACUAACGUCACCCAGAGUAUGAUUGCUCGUAAAGUGUUGGAAUCUCAACUUCGAAGGCUCGGUGUUUUUAAAGCUAAUGAAACUAUUACCAGACAUUCCGAAUUCGACAAAUGCUAUAAAAUUUUGUGGGCUAACCAUGGGGACGACAUUAGCAUCCAGUACGCUGGUACUCCAGCUUUAAAAGGAGAUUUCGUCAGAUUGGGGAAGAGGACAAUCCAAGGAAUUGUGAAAGAUAGCUGGAGUGCUCUUGUGCGGUACUAUUUAAACAACUUCUAUGAUGGUACAAAGCAGGAUGCAAUUGAUUUAUUACAAGGACACUCUAUUCCCUCUGUUUCCCGAAGUAUGACUCCUUCGAUCAAGAAAGAUGGCGUUGAGGCAAUAGUUUCUUUUCGACUUGCUUUUUGGUUGAUUAUGACUGGACUCUUCUUUGCAACAAUUUCACUAAGACGAGUUCGAUACAACCUGUGGAAUUUACUAUUUUCAAUCAUGUGGGCAAGUAUGAGUUUUCUUAUAACAUCGCUUGUGAGGGCCAACGGUCGGGCUUUCUGUAAUCGUCCUCGUCUGAGCCAUCCUCAGCAGUGACGGUUUUAAGCCCUAGUCGUUGUCGUAAUAUUCAGAAAGUUAUAACAAUACGAUUUCGGAGUUUUGUUUUACCUUUUGAUAUGUUUGAAGCGAUUGUGGUUGUUCACCUCGUUUGUUUUUCAAACUUUUCCAUAAUCUUUUACUUUCAA